AUGGCCGUCGCGCCCCUGCAGGUACGCCAAAGCUACCACCCUGAUUGUGAGGCCGGUGUCAACAGCUUGAUCACCUUGGAGCUGUAUGCCUCCUAUGUGCACCUUUCCAUGGCUGCCUAUUUCGACCGGGACAACGUGGCCCUAAAGCACUUCGCCCGCUUCUUCCAGCAGCGGUCAAAUAAGGAGAGGGAGCUGGCUGAGACCCUGAUGGAGCUGCAGAAUCAGCGUGGGGGUCGUGUCUACCUUCGGGAUGUCAGAAAGGCUGACCGUGAUGACUGGGAGGGCGGUCUGCAGGCCAUGGAGUGUGCCCUCCAUUUAGAAAAAAGUGUGAACCAGACCCUCCUUAACCUGCACCAUCUGGCCACCGAGAAAGGUGAUGCACAGCUCUGCAGCUUCCUAGAGAUCCACUUUCUGCAUGACGAAGCGAAGACCCUGAAGGAGCUGGGUGGCUACCUCACCAACCUGCGCAAGCUGGGGGCCCCGGAAGCCGGCCUGGCUGAAUACCUUCUUGACAAGCUCACCCUGGGCGGCAACGACAAGAAGUGA